ACCACCUGUUUAAAACAGUCACCAGCUGACAGGGGGGGAAGUGUGAAGCAGCAGUUUAUCCAAAGUGCAAGAAGACGGAAUUCAAACCACAAACAGUGCAAUGUCAAAUAGAAAGCCUUCAAUGGGAGCUUCAACGGGAGAAGGAACUAGUUGUGCAGCUUCCUCUGAGGAUACUACGAAGGUGGAGGACAAGUGUGUGGAAGAUGAGCUUGUAUCUCUCCAGGACCUGGAAGAUGUUCUGCACUCAGGUCCUCACUCGUGUCACCAUGGAGAUGAAGUUUGGCCAAAAUUGUACUUAGGAGACAUGGUCAUGUCUCACGACAAGUUCUCGUUGUGGCAGCUGGGCAUCACUCACGUGCUAAAUGCCUCACACGGCAAACUCUGCUGCAGAGGCAGUGAUGAUUUCUAUGGCACCACAGUGAAAUACUAUGGAGUUCCAGCUCAUGAUCUGCCCACUUUUGACCUCUCACCAUUUUUCUAUCCUGCAGCAGAGUUCAUUCACCAAGGUUUAACAUCAGGAGGGAAGGUUUUUGUUCACUGUGCAGUGGGUGUGAGUCGCUCAGCAGCUUUGGUCCUGGCUUACCUGAUGAUUCAUCAUCAUCUCAGCCUUUUAUCCUCCAUACGCUGUGUGCAACCGAAGCGCUGGAUUUUUCCCAAUAGAGGAUUCUUACGACAGCUUCUUGACCUGGAUCAAAAACUGCGAGAAAAAAAGCUCACAGUUAGACAAUGACUUUAUUUAUUUUUUUACAAGAAGUUUGGAAUAUUGUGAAAAACUCAAUGGAUGUUGUAUACACAGUGUUCAAAUUCACUUCACACAUUUUUAGGAUGGGGGGUAAUUGUAUUGGAGUGAUAGACACACUUCAUUUUGUAAUAAUGGUUUCUGUGUGUACGGUUUGUGGUCAAAACCAGAAAAUUCUCAAAAAAACCCUUGUCAUUGUGGCAUCAAUUUUAACAUUCUGUGGAGAUAAAAAUCUGAUUUUGCUGGUGGAUUCUCAACGAAAAAACUUCACGCGUCACUACGCAUGUUUUUAAGUUUGCUUUCGGGCUCCAUGUACAAAAUGGGUUGCGAUUAAACACACGUAUAAGGCUAAAUAAGUUGACCUUUGACAAUCAGGGACUUGGAUUUAGUAGUGAUGUAUGGGUCAAAACAUGAAAAUUGGAAAAUUGAUCAUACAGGUCGACCGUCCUGUUCACUGAUGAUUGUUGUGUCACCUUCCAUAUCAAUGAUGGUUGUUACCUUUGCUGGAGAAGGUGAGGUGAGCGACACACUGUGGUCAACAUGGACCCUAUGGUUGGCUUUGGUGGAGGAGGUGCAACAGUCUGGGCCGUCAUCACCAGUCAGCGCGGAACUGUUCGGUUAUUGUUGAUGACCCAGUCACUGCAUUUUGUUACCUUAUCAUGGAACCCAUAAUCAUCCUCCAAUUCUACCAGAACACCCCCCACCUUCUGUUCAUGGAUGAUAACGCUCCACCACAUGGUGCCAGAAUUGUCAGAGCUCAACUUCAGGAAGUGGGAGUGCCUUUGUGGGUUUGGCAAGCAAUGACCUCUGACCUGAACCCCAUGGAGCACGUCUGGGACCUGCUGAAGCAGAAACUGGAUGACUGGACGCCAGAGUGACCUAGGAGAACUUUAGGUAGCACUUGCAGAUGAGUAUAACACAUUAACUCAGAACAACAUCACAAGGCUGGUGUGGAGCAUGAGAUGUUGAUGUCAAAAUGAUGAGAAUUGUGUUUUUUCUUCCCAUUUUUUAUUUGUAAUAUCAAAGGGAACUUUCAGGUAUUUCACUAAAAUUCAGACCAUAUAAGAAAAGCAUUUAUAUAAAUAACAAUAUUGUGGGUAUUUCUAUUUGCAUAGCAUGAGAGUAGAGGCUAACAAUUGAUUUUCUCGUUCUGAUGUGAGAAGAGACCAUCAUUGGAGGAUCAAUCCAUCAGACAAAUUACAUAACUAUGAAUCCCACCAGACAGCACACUGAACACAGAGGGGUAAUUUUAGCGCAGAAGCACCUACCCCUACCCCUCUCUGUAGACUGUGGCAUUUGUGUUGCUGAGCUGCAGCAAGCUCAGACAGUGGCAGAACCCUGGACAUCUGCUGAAGGUUACACUGU